AAAUCUUUGUCUGACGACGAAGAAGACUUGGAGGCCUUACGUUUGGCAGCAUUGCAAUCUUUGAAGAAGAAAAACGCCGAAUUAGGCAACGAUUUAAGUCACGACAAACCCAAUUGGUACAACAGGCCGAAGGGGCACAACAAGAGGGGCAGAUUUUUCGGAGGGAGAGGCGCCAAAAACCAGAAACCAAGAGACUUUCCAACGCAAUUCCCCCCGUAUAACAACGGCAACCGCGCGCGCAACUCCAACCUGAUCUCGAUUCCCACCCUACCGCCUGAGGGCGCCACCAAUCAAAACGCUACGGAUAACAAAAUUACCAACCACGAACCGCAACUUAUCCUACCUCAAUAUAGAUAUACCGGUAACGUUAAAGAAGAAAAAAGCGAGGAUAACUCGAAGUUCAGUAGGUAUGAUAAGAGCGAGAGCGAGGAUACCGAGGAGGAGGAGGAAGAGGAGAGUGUGGAGGAAGAGGAGGAGGACGUCUUGGAGGGCGAGUUGAAACGAGCGGAUAGCUUGGAGGCUUUGAUGCAGGAAUUGGACGACGAGAUUCAGGGUAAAAGUAAACCGAAAGAGGUGAAGCAAGGGGUGAAGAAGAAGGUUAAAAAGAAGAAAAAGAAGGUUAGUGAGUCGGCCAAUGAGACGAGCGAGACUGAGGUUAACAAGGAAGCAAUCGUGGAGGUUAAAGUGGAAGAGGUCGAAGUGAAAGUCGAGGAAGAAACGCAGGCGAAAGAAAAUCUCAAACCCGCGGAAAAAUUAUCGCCGCCGCGUUACAGGCGAAGGUCGCGGUCUCGGUCGCCUUUAAACCGCCGAAACAACCCCCGCCGCCUCAACAACCGCCCCCCGCAGAAUUUCCCCCCCGCGUUCCGCCAAAACCUCCCCUUCGUACCGCCGCAGCAGUGCAACCUCAACUUCCCCCCGCCGCCGUUCUUCAACAGCAACGUCGUCCUGGGGAAUCCCCCGCCGCUCUUCCCCUACGAUCUCCCCCCUCCGCUGCCGCUGCUGAACGUCGAUACGAAACAACUGCAGAGCGUUGCCAUGGCGCCGUUAAGUCCGCGCUCGGCCAGAUUCGUGUUGGAGAACCGGAAGAUCGUCGAGAAGAGGAAACGGUCGCCUAGGAGGAGUUAUUCGAGGAGUCCCUCCCCUCUGCCCAGCAGCAGGGGGUUCAGGAGAUCCAAGUCGCCCAGAAGAUCGUUAUCUCCGCUCUACCCGCGCCGCAAAUCGCUGUCGCCGCGACGCAGAUCUCUGUCGCCGCGUAAAUCGCCCGCACACCAUCGCAAACCCGCACAAAACCCCCCGAAAAAGGAGGAAACCUCCCCGAAAAACAAACCGUCGGUGAGAGAGAGGCUCGGCCUCAAACCGACCGCGCAAACCGCCGACAGCAAGAAAGACAACAAAGACGAAGUCGAUUGCAAAAAGGACGACGGCAAAGUUGUCGAGGAAAAGUUGGAUCCCGUGUUGGAGGCCAGAAAGAAGAAGUUCGAAAAUAAAGAGAUAAAGGUUAAGGAAGGCAUAAUACGCUUGAAACCUAAAGAGGAAGAGGAAACCGCCGAAGAAGUCAAAAAGAUCGACGAUGACGAUGUUUUCGACGAUCUAGACGACAUUCUAUUGGAGGAUGACGAUGUAAACCUGGACAAGCACAUUUUCUCCGAUGAAGAGUCCAAUAGCGACAAUGAGGGGCGUUUCAAAGCUAAAGAGAACACCAAUCAAAAAGUACCGGUGCUGUCUUUUACGCAGCUGGUUAACGGUACUGACGCGAAAAAAGUUAUACCCGACAAACCCUUGAUAGAAACCAGAGAGUCGAGAUACAGACGGGAUAGAAAUAGAGACAGAAAACGCAACGUUAGAGCGAGAAGAAGCCAAACACCGCCUAAUAAAACCGCCAGACUCAGAGAGAGGAUAACCGUGGAUAAAAAAGAACAGAAACCCAAAAUCGAAGAACCGCGCGUUAAAAAAUCCAAGUCGGAGAAAAAACACGUCUCCCCACCGCUGGAAAAACGCUUCGAAAGGAAAAUCGAGAUCAAGAUCAAGAAUCCCAGCAAGUACGAAAAAGAUAUCAAAGAUUCCGUUGAUUUCACUUUGAAAACUACCAAAAGGAAAGUUGAAAUCGAGGGGGUUUCGAGCGAUGAUGAUGGGGAAAACGAUCCCCAAAUUAUCGUGGAGAACGAGGAUGAAACCGAUCUGAAAAUGGAGGAUGUUGAAGAUGGAAGGACUGAUGCCGGAGAUCUCAGAGCUCAGCUGAGCAAAAAACGCGCCGAACGCCUGCACAAGGGCGCCCCCCUCGAGGGGAACACCUCCCGCCUCCUGCAAAACGCUUUGCAAGGCGCCGUGUUCAAAGGAAAAUCUUUGAAAGAGAAAGAAACUGUUUUGAACGAUGGCAAGCUGCCGAUCCACCUUCGUCUCGGAUUGGCCAACGCAAACGACGUUUCGUCGGACUUUUCGGCGCCCGCGAAAUCCUCCAAAAGGAAGUCGAAGAAAAGCGGCGGGCGCAAGCGCAGCCUGGAGCAGGUAUAUUUAAAUUUUGUUAGGUUCGUUUUUAGUCGCGUUGCUGCGACGCGCAACAUCAGUAGGUAUCAAUUGACGUGA